AUCCAAUCACAAUGUCUAUAUUGCCAAACUAGUAACUACAUAGUAUAAUAAAAAAUAAUAAUAAUAAUAAUAUCAGUAUUCCGUCUGUGAUGUAGCACUCCAAAUUGAUCGCCUCGAUUAAGUUAUUGUCAAUUGAUUUAUGCGUUUUCCUCGACUUUUAAACUAAAUGUAUACUACAAGAUAAAAUUGUUACUUUUUCGUUACGAUAUGCGUUGAACAUGGCCAGUCUAAUGUGCUCAUUUUGUAUUAUAAAUUUAAAAAAUUAUCCGCCCAUUACAGUAGAAUAGCAUUUUUAUUUAACUCGGUUGCUAAAGUAAAAGGGUGCCUAAUAAUAUUUAACGAAUCAUAUUUUUGUCAUUAUGAGUGUCAUGUUUGACGAUGCCGGAGAUCACUGCAAGCCCAAUGCACUAGUUGGCAAUUUUGGAUGGUUUCUUCAAGGCCUUUUGGCGUCCUUAGCUUUCCUCUGUUUAAUAAUCAAACGAUUUUGUGAACCAAAAUAUGACCGAAGGCCAUGGAAAGUAUGGUUUUUUGAUACAUCUAAGCAAGGGUUAGGAGCUUUGCUUAUGCAUUCGGCAAAUUUAUUGUUGGCUGGCCAAUUUCAAGGUGAUCCAUGCACAUGGUAUAUGAUACACUUUUUAUUGGAUUCGUCUCUCGGUCUACUAUUAAUAUUUUGUGGAAUAAGAUUUUCACAGCAUAUUGCAAGGGUAAAAAAUUGGGAAACCUUCAAUUUUGGAGAAUAUGGAAAACCAGAAUCUGUUAGAAUCUGGUUGGUUCAAUGCGGCUUGUAUUUAACUCUUCUGAUAUGUGUAAAAUUCGUAAUAACAUUGCUCAUUUCGUUAAACAUUUGGCAAGUGGUCACAAAAUUUAUUAUGGCGCCGUUUACUGAUCCGAGAACAGAGUUGACUAUUGUGAUGCUGAUCAUCCCUCUAUUCAUAAAUGCCCUUAUGUUUUGGGUAACUGAUGAUAUAUUGAUGCAUAGAAGUCGUCAUCGUGUCGGUCUAUUGAGACGAAUUAAAAUUCAAUAUCAUAAGGUACAUCAGAAUGUUCGUCUGGAUGAAGUAGGAGGCUCCGAUAAUGAAGAUAUGCUCAGUCUUGAUGAAACAUCAACUAUUUUGCGAUCUCCUAGCUCUCCAAAUUAUUAAUUUCAGUUUCGAGUACAUUUAAAAUUAAAAUUAAAAUAAUACUGUUGAUAUUGUUAUAUUUCUCUGUUUUUUAUCAUUUAAGUAGUAGAUAUCCUUGCUUAAUAAUUAUAAAUAUUUUAUGUGUCCUUUUUUUUAGUACUUUAUACUACUAUUAUCAACGAUCUAUUAUGUUUAUUAUAAAUAAUUUUUGUAAUAUACCCAAUUAUAUAAAUGUAUGAGUAACAUUUAGGAUAUUAACUAUAAUUUCACUAUACAUAUGUUCAACAAAUUAAUGCAUCAUGACCAACCCGUUGUUUAUUGUUAUUA